GUAGGCUACAGCUGUUGAGUUCCCACUGCUGCGUGAAGUUAUUUUUUACAGCACGUUGUACAAGUUCUGUAAACAUGUCACAAGUAAUUCGUCGUAUAAUCAGCACACCAAAGGCCCCGAAAGCCAUUGGACCGUAUAGCCAGGCUGUGGCAGUUGAUAAGACCCUAUAUGUCUCAGGACAACUUGGGCUCAAUCCUGAAUCCAUGGAGUUGCCUGAAGAUGUGGCAACUCAAACAAAACAGGCACUACAGAACAUAGGAAGCAUCCUCGAGUCUGCAAAUUCAUCAUUCAGCAAAGUGGUGAAAACAACUAUCUUGCUGGCUGAUAUCAAUGAUUAUGCCACUGUCAAUUCUGUCUAUGGAACAUUUUUUUCUGCUCCCUUUCCUGCGCGUGCAGCCUACCAGGUGGCCAAUCUGCCAAAGCUGGCUAAAGUUGAAAUUGAAGCCAUUGCCAUCAUUGGUGAUGUGAAGGACCAGUGACUACCAAUAUCCCAACUGUGAACACAGACCAGGACUACAUUUGAUGAUCCUAUUUUACAUUAUCCCCAAGUCGCCACUUGCACAUGUUAAAGUCAUGUGUUUUACAACACUAAAUGUUAAUUUGAACUCAUGGAAGCAAUUAUAUGCAAGAAGCACAAAAGUGCCAUAUCCUUUCCAUUUUCAUGGUUAAGGAAAAAAAUUGCUGCAUUUAAAGUAAACACAUUAUAGAACUCAUUUUAUGGUUUAAUAGUGGCUGGUCUUAAUGUUUAUCACUUGUGUCAUAAUAUAUAAAGUUUAGAAGUGUUCAGAUAUUUACAUUUUCUACUAAAGAGACCUUUUCAAAAUGCCUUUGGAAAUAGUCUAUUACUGCUGAAGAAGAUAAUUUUCAAGUGCAGUUUGGGAUUCCAUAUAUAUAUCAUUAGUUCAACUGUGUGAUGGUUUAAAAGUUCUUAAUGAGAUAA